AUAAUGUAAGCUAUAUAUACACAACACAAUUUUCUCAUCUGAAAUGACAUAAGACUGUCAUUGUGAGAGGAAUAGAAGUUGAUCCAAAACAGAAUGAGGAUCGAGCAAGAGAGUGACGGAGUCUCCGCUUCCACAAAGCACCUCGUCUUUGCCUAUUACGUCACUGGUCAUGGUUUUGGCCAUGCCACUCGAGUCACCGAGGUGGUGAGACAUUUGAUUCAUGCGGGGCAUGAUGUGCAUGUGGUCACUGGUGCUCCUGAUUUCGUUUUCACCUCUGAAGUACAGUCUCCUCGCCUAUUUAUUCGCAAGGUUCUUUUGGACUGUGGAGCUGUUCAGUCAGAUGCUUUGACCGUGGAUCGCCUUGCUUCGUUGCAGAAGUAUUCUGAAACAGCAGUGAAGCCUCGUGCUGGUAUCUUGGCUCAAGAAACAGAAUGGCUGAACUCAAUCAAAGCUGACUUAGUGGUCUCUGAUGUUGUCCCAGUUGCAUGUCGAGCAGCAGCAGAUGCUGGCAUUCGCUCUGUUUGUGUAACCAAUUUCAGUUGGGACUUCAUCUAUGCAGAGUAUGUCAUGGCUGCUGGACUGCAUCACCGUUCAAUAGUUUGGCAGAUAGCUGAGGACUAUUCCCAUUGUGAAUUCCUUAUCCGCCUCCCGGGAUAUUGCCCAAUGCCUGCUUUUCGUGAUAUUAUUGAUGUCCCUCUGGUAGUGAGGAGGUUGCACAAAUCUGCAAAAGAGGCAAGGAAAGAACUUGGAGUAGCUGAUGAUGUGAAGCUAGUUAUUCUCAACUUUGGUGGGCAGCCAUCAGGGUUGAAGCUAAAGGAGGAAUUCUUACCACCUGGUUGGUUGUGCUUGGUUUGUGGUGCUCCAGACAAUGAAGGCCUUCCACCUAACUUUAUGAAACUUGCUAAAGAUGCAUAUACGCCUGACUUGAUUGCAGCAUCUGACUGUAUGCUUGGAAAAAUUGGAUAUGGCACCGUUAGUGAGGCCCUGGCAUACAAGUGUCCAUUUGUCUUUGUGCGUAGAGAUUAUUUCAAUGAAGAACCCUUUUUAAGAAAUAUGCUUGAGUAUUAUCAAUGUGGUGUGGAAAUGAUUAGGAGGGAUUUACUCACUGGUCACUGGAGACCUUAUCUUGAACGUGCAAUAAGUUUGAAACCCUGCUAUGAAGCAGGCAUUAAUGGUGGUGAGGUGGCAGCACACAUCCUGCAGGAGACGGCUUUUGGAAAAAAUUAUGCAUCGGAUAAGCUUAGUGGGGCAAGAAGAUUGCGUGAUGCCAUAGUUCUUGGGUAUCAACUCCAAAGGGCGCCUGGCCGAGAUAUUGCAAUUCCAGAAUGGUAUGCAACUGCUGAAAACCAACUUGGCCACACAACACCUGUUUCCCCAGAGGAUGAUGGAAGCUCUCCAUUCGACUCGGGCAUCGAAGAUUUUGACAUUCUUCAUGGAGAUGUUCAAUGUCUUCAAGAUACUGUAGCAUUCUUAAAGAACCUUUCUGAAUUACAGGAGAAACACACAAGGAGGGAGCGCAAGGCUGCAGCUAAUCUCUUCCACUGGGAGGAAGAAAUUUUUGUGACGAGAGCUCCUGGAAGGUUGGAUGUAAUGGGCGGUAUUGCUGACUAUUCUGGAAGCCUUGUCCUUCAGAUGCCAAUUAAAGAAGCCUGCCAUGUUGCUUGCCAAAGAGUCCAUCCAAGUAAACAUAGGCUGUGGAAACAUGCUGAGGCUCGACAAAAUGACAAGGGAGGAAAUCCAACUGCUGUCUUGCAAAUAGUAUCAUAUGGCUCAGAAUUGAGCAAUCGUGGUCCAACAUUUGACAUGGAUUUGUCUGAUUUUAUGGAGGAAGACAAGCCAAUCUCAUAUGAGAAAGCAAAGAAAUACUUUGCCCAAGAUCCUUCCCAAAAGUGGGCAGCAUAUGUUGCAGGGGCAAUUUUGGUCUUAAUGACUGAACUGGGUGUGCGAUUUGAAGACAGUAUUAGCAUGCUGGUUUCGUCUGCAGUUCCAGAAGGGAAAGGCGUAUCAUCUUCUGCAUCUGUGGAGGUUGCUAGUAUGUCUGCUAUUGCAGCUGCUCAUGGAUUAAAUAUCAGCCCAAGGGAUUUGGCCAUUCUCUGCCAGAAGGUGGAAAAUCACAUUGUAGGAGCUCCAUGUGGUGUCAUGGACCAGAUGGCUUCAGCAUGUGGGGAAGCCAACAAACUUCUUGCUAUGAUUUGCCAGCCUGCAGAGAUUGUUGGCCUUGUUGAAAUUCCCAGCCAUAUCAGGGUCUGGGGAAUUGAUUCUGGAAUAAGACACAGUGUUGGAGGUGCAGACUAUGGUUCUGUCCGAAUUGGCACCUUUAUGGGUAUGAAGAUGAUAAAGGCCAGGGCUUCUGAGGUAUUGUCUGAGAUGUGUGCUGCUAAUGGGUUGAACUACGAAGAAGUGGAACAAGAUGAUCUAGAACUACUUAAACAAGAAGCCUCCUUAGACUACUUAUGUAAUUUGUCACCUCACAGAUUUGAGGCUCUUUAUACAAAGAAAAUUCCAGAGUCCAUUGGUGGGGAGACAUUUUUGGAGGAAUAUAAAAAUCAUAAUGAUCCUGUCACUAUUAUUGAUCAGAAGCGUACUUAUGGAGUCAAAGCUCCCACGAUGCAUCCUAUCUAUGAAAAUUUCCGAGUCAAGACCUUCAAGGCACUUCUCACGUCGGCAACUUCAAUCGAGCAACUUACAGCCUUAGGAGAAUUAUUAUAUCAGUGUCACUAUAGCUACAGUGCUUGUGGACUUGGCUCUGAUGGAACAGACAGGCUUGUACACUUGGUACAAGAGUUGCAGCAUAGUCAAGCAUCUAAAUCUGAAGGUGGGACAUUAUGUGGAGCCAAAAUAACUGGUGGUGGUUCAGGUGGAACAGUUUGUGUAAUUGGUAGAAAUUCUCUCAAGGCCAGUGAACAUAUUUUUGAGGUUCAACAGAGGUAUAAGAAAGCUACUGGCUACUUGCCCUUCAUUUUUGAGGGCUCAUCACCAGGUGCUGGAAAGUUUGGAUACCUGAAAAUACGCCGUCGAGCUACCCCUAAAAAGGCUAACGCCGGCGGUGAUGAUGGUGCAGUCACGGUGGAGAAUAACACCUGAUCAUGGCUCAUAGUUAAGAACCUUAGUAAUUCUUGCCUUUACUAUCUUUUACCAGAACAUGUAUAUUAUUAUGGUUAUGUUUUCACCCAUUUCAAUCAUUAAUUGACAUUUUUAAAAUUUAAAAUACUUUAUGAUUUUUUAUUCCAAUUUUUGGCCAUAAUAGAACUUAACUGGCCUUUUAGAAUUUCUAAAUUGUGAAUAAAUAAUGAAAUAAUUGUUGAGUAUGAAUAGUUGUUUACGUGAUAUUCUAAAUUUUAAGUUUUAUUUGC